UCGACAAGGGUUUCGUCAUGAUACGCCGCAAGCCUACCGCCAUAGCAAUAACCUCUGAUGAUCUCACAAUGUUCGAGGAGGAGCGACUGCGCAAGCUGGAACCACGAAACAGUGGUCACGAUCCCGCUCAAAAUGGCACCCGUGUCAACUUUGACCCUAGCGACGAACUGAAGCCUCUACCUGGUGACAAAGCGAGGAUAGUUAGGUCUCGCGAGGAGCGUAUAGGCAUUGGUCAGCGCAGCUGAAGCAUCAUUUUUACCUAGCCGAGAUAAGGAAUUUCCUGCUAGAGAUUUUCUUGUGUACGAAUCUCCAUUUUAUAUACCGAAAUCUGGCCGUGUUUGCUGCGAAAAUUAGCUAUAUAUGCUGUUUUCCCUCGCACCUAUCAGUGGGACAUAAGGGUCUGGCUGGUACUUGGCUACUACGGUCUAUUCUGUUGUCAAAUAUGGCCUACAUGUAGGCAGGUUCUUCUUCCAAGGUGGUGGCCAGGUUCUGUACUCAAUGAACUCAUCGCUUUGAACAAG